GUGUUGUCUAUGCGCUUCACCUACUAAAUUCUCGCUGGUUGGGGUUGUGCGUGCGCUCUCCCCCCACGCUCUGUGUAUGUUCUGUACACUGUAUCUGCGCUGCUAUGUGUAUAAUCCUAGUGAGAUCAUGCAUGAUGGUUGUGUUGUGAGAUUUUGGAGACGCUGUCUCUCGAAUUUCAAUAAAGAAAAACGGACAGAAAUAGAUGCAGAAUAGGGAGGGCGAGGAAAUACAGACGAGUGCGUGGAAAAGAAGAGAGAAAAAACUAUUGAUGCUCAGGAAGAAAAAUGGAAAGAGACCCUAAGAAGCGUCGAGUGAAGCCAGUGGGCCCUGCUCAACAAUCUCUCCUUGAUUUUGAUUUGGGGGAGAGCUCUGAUGAUAGUGAUUUUCGCAUUGAAGACCAUUGCGAAGAAUCUGAUGAUUCCUUGGAUUCAGAUGAUUAUGGAGAUCAUGAAGGGGAGGAUGAAGAAGAAGAAAAUGACAGUGAUGAAUCCGAGGAUAGUGAAAAUGGCACUGGCCCUGAAAUUAAAACUUCACUAACAAUAGGAGAUGUUAUAGAACAAGCCAAACAGCGACAGGCAGAAACAAAUGAUAAGGUACAGAAGUCUUGAUGUUAUGGUGUGUCCGACACAGCCAGCGUAUCAAGCACUGUUUCUUCUUGUUCAACUGAGCCAUGGUUUUGUGAAGCAUGCCGGGCUGGUGUAACAAAUCCAAUAUGUGAAUUAUGCCCUAAUCGUGGUGGCAUUUUUAAGGAGACUGAUGUUGGCAAAUGGGUACAUCUUGUAUGUGCGCUGUAUGUGCCUGGGGUUGCAUUUGGAGAAGUUGACAAAUUGUCUAGCGUAACAUUGUUUGAGAUGCCUUACAACAAGUGGGGUGCGAAGACUUGUUGUAUGUGUGAAGAAGAGAAAUUUUCUCGUACUGGUGUAUGCAUUGGUUGUGAUGCUGGAAUGUGUCGGACUUACUUUCAUGUAACUUGUGCACAACGAGAAGGACUUCUCUCAGAAGCUCAUUCUGAAGAAGUGGACCAAGCAGACCCAUUUUAUGCACACUGUAAAUUGCACACAGACAAAAUGUUGAUGCGGCGCCGGCGUCGUAACUGGUUAGCUCUGCAAUUGCGAACAAAGCAAAGACAAAUUGAACAACAGCGUGCAGGCCAUGCUGAUGCCCCAGAGCAGGUGCGCAUUCAGCGGAAAUUGGCCAAAUACCGGGAGAAGUAUUUGCAACAUAAAUCAACUAAAGUACCUCCAUGGGUGCCAACUCAGAAGAUGCCUCGUCUUCUCACCACCAGUGCGUCGGCCUGUCAGAAGCUCCUCAAAAAGGCUGAGCUGAUGGGGAUAGACACUCAGGCGCUGGAGGUGCAGGAGGCGCAAGUGGCGUCUCUGGUGGACGUCCGCAAAAAGUGGCACAUUCCUCCAGCAUUCAGUGUUGAAUUCAUUGGUUAUUUUUUGGAUCGCAAUGUUCGUCUCACAUCAAUGAAGAAUAAACUAGAUGACCUUCUAAAGAUAAAUUCUCGCCUUCAAGAUGAGCAGCAAAGUCUUCGUCACAAGUAUGACGAGCUUCUGAAGGAGAAUUCUGAUUUGAGCCACACAAGUGUAAAUCUCAAACAGUGUGUUCACAAAUAUCAUACUGUUAUACUAAAUGUCUGUCCCAAUAAAAAUCUACCGUCUGUUGAUGAGUUGGGUAAGCCACCUCCACAAGUUGCUGUUUCUCCGAGCCACAGCGCUCGAGUUUGUCGCCAAGAAAACAGGAUACCUAACUCUCGUACAUCAGAGUCAGGAGUUCCUAUCCCCUUGAACGCGUGUGGCAUAUGCUCUCAGACGAAUGACCAGCACUUGCUGGCUAAGUGCGACACGUGCCACCUGUAUUAUCAUCUGGGCUGUUUGAAUCCUCCUUUGACGCGCAUGCCUAAGAAGACCAAGUUGAUGGGCUGGCAGUGUUCAGAAUGCGAUAAAGAGUCUUCUGGUUCGGAAGUGGAGUGCGUAGAUACAGAAGCACCUCGUCGACUUCGUCACAACAAGGAAGGAGAAGAAAAGAAACCAGAGCAGGUUACACCAAAGGUUACUAUAAAACCAAUUGAGCCCCAACCACAAAAGCAGCUACAAGAGUCCCCAGCAAGCACCCCAAUUCAGCAGAUUCUGCCGCACCAGAUGAAUCCAGUUGCUCUUGUGCCUCGUCUUGUUGUGUCCCCAGUUACAAUCAACACAUCACAAGUUAUGUCAGAGGGGCAUAUCUCUCAGCGUCAGGGGAAGAAACGUCGGAGAGAAAAGCAUCAUCGGUAUUCCCCUGACUCGCAGGGCAACAGCCCCACUAAAGAGCACAAGCGCAAGCGCAAACACAAGAGCCAGGAUAUGGAAAAUCCCCUGACAGAAACUCCACGAAUUAAAAUUAAGAUCAAGCCCAUUCCCAUGCCUUCCGGUGAGACCACCUCCAUGGCAGACGCGCAGAUGUUUGUGGCAACCUCCAGUACAGAGACUCCUUCUGUAUCUGCCACAACUGCUGUUAUAUCACAACCACGUCAGUCUUCAGGACGACUGUCAUCAUUAGCAAGCAAAAAAGGGAAAGAAGUUGAUAUCAUGACAAAAUGUGAUGUGUGUGGGCAGCCUGGAUCUAAUCAAAAUCUUGUUAGGAAACUGAAUCCGACAACUGAAUAUUGCUGGGAAGAGGCUGAGACCAUUCUGUUGAAGUCAUCUGAAGAUGUGUGUUUCUGAAUGUGAUGUGAAUAAUGCCAUCUGGAAAAUUUUUAGAAUUUGUACUUGAGAGUUAAGGACGUGCUUCAUUAACAGUACAUUAUUUUGAAUAUAUGUAUAUGAGGCAGAAAUAUGACUUCCUCUUCAGAAAGAAUAUAUGGUGUGAAAUUCAAUUUAUAAUUUUACAAAUAUGAUAAUAGUAUAUUAAUAAAUGUCUGUGUUAAUCGUUUAUUCUAAUUAAAAUAAAGCUUAUAAAGAAACAUAAUUUUUUCAAAACUUCCCUAACAUUACAUAAUUAAGGAAAGGAAUAAAAGCUGUGCAUCUAUUGCAGAGCUAAGUAACAAAAUACGAGGGCUGUUUGAUAAGUUUAGUAAAAAUGGAAGAAGAAAACUUUUUUUUUUUUAAUACUUUAUUUUUUAACAUAGUACCCUUCUUGAUCUAUACACUUUGCCCAGCGUGUUUCCAAUUUUUUCAUUCCAUCGGAAAAAUAGGAAUUGUCAAAUUCUGCGAAAUACCUGUUUACAGUAGCAAUCUCUUCCUCAUUUGAUGAAAAUUUUUGCACACCAAGCUAAAUUUUCAAAUUGGGGAAUAGAAAGAAAUCUGUCCGGGCUAAAUCCAGUGAAUAUGGUGGAUGAGGAACCUGUUGGAAUCCUAACUGAUUCACUUUUGCCAUUGUGACUGCUGCUGUGUAGGAUGGAGCAUUGUCUUGGUAGAACAGCACAUUCUUGUGUGACAACCUUGGCUGUUUUUCAACACAUUUUUGUUUUAAACUAUCCAAUAAUGAAGUGUAAUAGCACCCAGUUAUAGUUCUGUUCUUUUCCAAAUAAUCUAUAAGGAUGACCCAAUCUACACCCUGAUAAUCCCAAUAAUACGUUCCCAUCACCUUUCCUGCCGACAAAACAGUCUUCACCUUCUUCGGUCUUUAUCCACUGUUUUGAAUCUUUUCUGGUUUCGAGAGUGUAGUGAUGGAUCCAUGUUUUAUCCAUGGUGAUGAAUCUACGCCAAAAGUCCUGCUGAUUUCGCCUCAACAUAGUCAGAUUUUGCCUUGAAAUAUUCUUUCGAGUCAGUUUUCGAUCCAAAGUAAACAAUCGCAGCACCCAUACCUCUUUUUCGUGCAUGAUGAAGUGCACUCUUUUGGUUGAGAUGUCAACAACAUCAGCAAUCUCACGCACUUUCACUCUGCGAUCUUCCAUUACCAGAACGUGCACUUUUUCCACGGUUUUCGGUGUGGUGACCUUCAACUGGUCGGCAGAGCACACUUCAUCUUCUGAGCUUGUGUGACCAUGUUUGAACUCAUUAAUCCAGAAGUAAAUUGUCUUCAAUGCGGGUCCAGAGUUUUCAUCCAAUUCAUUUUUGAACUGCGAUGCUGUCCAGCCCUUCGAAUAAAAAUGUUUAAUCGCAGCACGAAACUUGUUUUUCUUCAUCUUCUAGGCAGCAUAUCAAACUCACACAUUCAGCUGGUUGCUAACAAUUAACUAUCUGUCGCAUUUGUUUGAAAAUUCAAACAACUGCCUACAAAGAAUCAUGCAAGGCACAGGUUUAAAAACAAUGCACACGCUUUCAUAAAAAUCUACCUGAUUUAUCAAACAACCUUCGUAUGAAUAAAAAUGGCGUCUAAAGAGCCGAGUGUUUGUCAAUUUUUUUCAAUUUUUUCAAAGCUAUUGAAAUGUACCGACCACAUUGCUUGCCAAAGUACUAUUUUUUUUUUUUAAUAUUAAAGAUCACAUUCUGGAUGCAUCAUCAUUGCAUUACAUUUUAAAGGACUAUUUUUAUAUUGUGUGGGCUUAAUGCUGACCACAGAUCAUCUAUUACUCUGUACCUUUUAGCCCACAGUAGGCACAAGACUCACAAGAACAUGAAUUUUCAGGAAGAUUGGGUAACCACACCUCUUAAAAAUGUACAGGAGAGCAGGAACAUUAAUAUGAGACUUGACAUUUUUACAAAUAAUUUCAUGUAUUCUAAUAACUAUUUAUUUCAGGCAGAGUAUGCAAUUUUAUUUUUGGUUGUGUAUACCGUGGUUUACAUUCCAAGUAAUAAAUUCAAUAUCAG